AUGGCGCGGGUGUCAACACUAUCACCCUUGAGGAUAUUCCUCUCCGCCAUCUUCCUCUUCUCCGCCCAUGUCUUUGCCGUCUCGGCUGUCUUGGGUGUCGACCUGGGCACCGAAUACAUCAAGGCCACCCUCGUCAAGCCCGGCAUCCCUCUCGAAAUCGUCCUGACCAAAGACUCCCGCCGCAAAGAGACCUCCGCUGUCGCCUUCAAGCCCUCUUCCAAUGGCCCCAAGAAGGGUGCCUACCCCGAGCGCGAAUAUGGCUCCGACGCCAUAGCCAUCGCCCCCCGAUUCCCCGGCGACGUCUACCCGAACCUCAAGGCCAUCCUCGGCCUCCCCGCUGGUAGCGUCCAAGUUAGAGAAUACGCCGAGAGACACCCUUCCUUAAAGCUGGAAACACACAAGACAAAGGGAACUGCGGCCUUCAAGAGCGCCGCCGCUUUUACCGAAGAGGAGGAGGCUUGGCUGGUUGAGGAGUUGUUGGCCAUGGAGCUCCAGAGCAUUCGCGCCAACGCCGAGCUUCUCGCUGGUCCUUCUAGCUCUGUCCGCUCCGUCGUUAUCACUGUCCCUCCCUUCUAUACCGUCGAGGAGAAGCGCGCCGUCGAGCUGUCUGCCGAAUUGGCCGGCCUCAAGGUCCUUUCUCUUAUCUCUGACGGUCUCGCUGUCGGCCUCAACUAUGCCACCAGCCGCCAGUUCCCCAAUGUUAACAAGGGCGAAAAGGCCGAGAACCACCUGAUCUUCGAUAUGGGCGCCGGCUCCACCAAGGCCACCGUCCUCCAGAUGCAGUCACGCACCGUCAAGGACGUUGGCAAGUUCAACAAGACUAUCCAGGAGGUUACCGUUCUCGGAUCUGGCUGGGACCGCACUCUCGGUGGUGACGCCCUCAACUAUCUCAUUGUUGACGACAUGGUCCGCCAAUUCGUCGAGUCGCCCAAGGCCCAAAAAGCCGGUGUCAGCCUCGAGGCCGUCAAGUUCCACGGCCGCACCAUCGCCAAGCUGACCAAGGAAGCUGAGCGCUUGAGACACGUCCUCUCGGCUAACCAGAACACCCAGGCCUCCUUUGAGGGCCUUUACGAUGAUGUCGACUUCAAGUACAAGAUCACCCGUGCCGAGUUCGAAGAGAUGGCCGCCGCCCACGCCCAGCGCGUCAGCGUCGCUGUCAACAAUGCCCUUGCCAUGGCCGGUCUGCAAAUCAAGGAUCUUGACUCCAUUAUCCUCCACGGCGGUGCCUCGCGCACUCCCUUCGUCCAGAAGGAGCUUGAGAAGGUCCUCGGAGGAGCCGACAAGAUCCGCACCAACGUCAACUCGGACGAGGCCGCCGUUUUUGGUGCCGGUUUCCGCGCUGCUGAGCUUUCGCCUAGCUUCAGGGUGAAGGAGAUUAAGAUCGCCGAUAUUGCUUCGUACCCCGCUGGGAUGAGGUGGAACAAUGACGAAGGAAAGCCCAAGCACCAGCGUCUUUGGACCGCCACUUCUCAUUUGGGAGCUCCGGCAAAGGAGAUCACCUUCAACAAUGUCCAGGACUUGUCCGUCAACUUUUACCAGUUGGUGAUGGAUGGCGUGGAGGUUGAUACCAAGGUUUUUACCACCAAGAACUUGACCGCUUCCGUCGAGGCGUUGGUGGAGAAUCACAAGUGCGAAAAGGCCGAUAUCAAGUUCAAGGUUGGCGUUCGUCUUCUCACCGAGAACGGCGAGGUUGACGUUACCAAGGCUGCUGUUGAGUGCGAGACUGACGAGCCUGAGAAGGCGGGUAUUGUCGAUGGUGUCAAGAACCUUUUCGGUUUCGGCAAGAAGGACAAGACUGAGGGCGAGGAGGAUUCUGCUUCUGCGUCCACCGAGUCUUCUACUAGCACCUCUUCCACCACCAGCACCUCUUCGGCUUCUGCCUCUGCCUCUGCUGAGACUAAGCCUACUGAGCCCAAGAAGAAGCAGCUCGUUCAGAUCAACGUUGACUUCACCCUGACCCCCACUGGCCCCGCUUCCCUCCUCCCCAAGGCCUCCCUCCAAUCCCUCAAGGACCGUCUCAAGUCCUUCGCCGCCUCGGACCGCACCCGCCAACUCCGCGAGGAAGCGCUCAACCAGCUCGAAGCCUACACGUACAAGAUCAGCGACAUUCUCGACCGCGAGUCUUUCAUCGCCCACUCCACCGCUGCCGAGCGUGAGACUCUCCAGCAAAAGAAGGACGACGCCAGCGACUGGCUCUACGGCGACGGCGCUGAUGCCACUCGCGAGGAUUUUAAGGCCAAGCUCAAGGAGCUCCAAAACAUUGUCGAUCCUGUCCUCAAGAGGGCCGAGGAAGCGGAGAAGAGGCCUGAGAUCCUCAAGGGGUUGCAGGAUGCUCUCGACAACACCAAGAAGUUCGUCAAGGACAUCAGGGAGAAGAUUGCCGCGUACGAGGCUUUCCACGCUUCUGCCUCUGCUAGCGCCUCUGCUUCGUCGUCUACCACAGCCCCGGCUUCUUCCGCCACCGGAGACUUUGAUGGCCUAGAAGACGAUGCCUCCACCACCGGUACUCCCGAAGACCCCAUGAAGGUCUUGGAGAAGGACCUCGGUCCCGUCCCCCCUCUUUACAGCCUCGAAGAUCUCAAGGAGUCCGAGGACCUGUAUACUUCCAUCUCCACUUGGUUGGAGCUGAAGGUCGCCGAGCAGGAGAAGUUGGGACCCACCGAUGACCCCGUCUUGACAGUCAAGGACCUUCUCGAGAGGAGAGAGAAGUUGGAUAAGGCCGGUAUGGCGUUGGCCAUGAAGGGGGUCAAGAACUUUGAGAAGACGCAGGCCAAGGCCAAGGGCGGAAAGGCCAAUGGAAACGGAAAGGCCAAGGCAUCUGGAAGCAAGGCGAGCGGCCAGAAGAAGAAUGGAAAGGCCACCAAGGCGGGCGAGAAGCCGGCCAAGGAAACGGUCAGCGAUGAGGAGAUUGAGGAGAUGUUGAGGAAGGUUAUGGCGGAGGAGAAGGCCAAGGAGGAUGCCAAGGCUCAGCAGAAGCAGAGCAAGGAGGAGCCCAUCAAGCAUGAGGAGCUUUAA